GCCUAUCGGUCGGGAUUGCUAUCGAUUAAUUUAACAAAUUGAGAAAUCUCAUGUAAUUUUGUUGCAAAUAGUUGUGAAAUUUAAACAUUUUAAACUCACCUGCGGUUAGAAAUUGAACCAGCUAACAAUUUGUUUAAACAUUCUGCUUGCAGCUACAGCACACACAACAACAGGGGGAGGAACAAACACCAACACUUUUUUUCGCCAGCGUGGGCAUCGGUGGUGAGGAAGAAGAAGCACAAGCAGAGAGAAGAGCGAAACGCAAGGAAAAAAGAAGGUAGAAAAAAAGACGAAAGUAAAGACUGAGCCGACCACAUCAAGAGCAGCUGCUGGCCAGUAGCAGCGGUGGUCCAACAAUGGCUGAAUACUGGCAACAAAUCACCAAUGGUGCUCGGGGAGGAGCCGCCGCAGCGUCUGGAGUUGGUAGUGGUUCGAAUGAAUCACCAUUAUUAACUGAUAGCUAUGGCCAUGAGGGAGCUUCAAUGUCAAGCGGCAGUACCCAUCACAAUCACAAUAACAACAACAACUAUGUGAAUUUUAAUCAAUUCAUAAUGCAACAUAAUUUGGGAGGUGGAGGCGGAACUCCAAAUACUGUUCCCGCCACUAUACAAUAUCCUCCGUAUGCAAUUGGUGGCGGUGGCGGAGCCUUUGGACUGACACCUCCUAUAGCUGUUUCCAAUAAUUUUGGACAAUUUCAUCCACAGCCAUUUUAUCCAUCAUAUCAGAAUGGCGAUGGCAUUGCCUCUUCAUCAUCGUCAACAUCCGCAUCCAAUGCCGCCGCGUUUGGCAACAAUUAUAGUAACAAUGUUAAUCAAACAUUUGCCGAGCUUUAUACUCCAUUUGGCAACAAUCCCUUCGAUUUUAGUGCUUCCAAACUGCAGGCAUCAGCACCCGAAUUUGUGCCACAAAUGGCCAAAUUAAAUCUGGAAGAGACAGCUCCAGCAACAACUACAACAUCAAGAGCAACAAUGAAUGGUAAUAGCACUGCCAGCCAGCCAGAAACUGCCAUACAGAAUACAGAAGGAACGUCUUCACCAUUGAACCAGAAAUCACGUUCAGCCUUACCGCCGCAGCAGCCGCCGCCGGCGCUUACAAACGAUAGAGAUCGUGAUAGGGAUAGGGAGAGGGAUAGGGAACGUGGAGAUCGAGAUCGGGAUAGAGAGCGUCCUAUUAAUUCACGUCAGCAGCGUCGUGUAGAUUAUCGCGAUGAGCGUGAGGAUCGCUAUGAUCGUAGUAGCAAAAAGCCACAGAAGCAACAACGUUAUGACAAUCAUCGUAGUAAUAAAAGACGCGACGAUUGGAAUCGUAAUCGUGAUCGUAUAAAUGGUUUUCAACGGGCAGUCGAAGAGUUGGAUACCAGUAAUGAGAGUAAUCAACCAUCACCAGAGAAACACCAGCAGCAACAGCAACAACAAAGUUCCCCUCGAAGGGCAGCUGAUAAUGAAAAACUGUCACAGCGAGAGAAACUGAUCCGUGACAUUGAGCAACGUCGCUUAGAAUGUUUGGUCUGUGUGGAGGCCAUCAAAUCGCAUCAUGCCACCUGGUCAUGUCAGAAUUGCUAUCAUGUGUUACAUUUAAAGUGUACCAUCACCUGGGCCAGUAGUUCCAAAGCAGAUAAUGGCUGGCGUUGUCCAGCCUGUCAGAAUGUGCUGCAAGAGGUGCCCCAGGAAUAUUUAUGCUUUUGCGGCAAACUAAAGAAUCCUCCCAUCAGCCGUAAUGAGCUGCCCCAUAGUUGUGGUGAGGUUUGCUGUCGCAUUGAAGGUUGUCCACAUGCCUGCACUUUGUUGUGUCAUCCCGGCCCCUGUCCCCCGUGUCAGGCCAAUGUGGAACGAAGCUGUGGCUGUGGCCGUUCCAGCAAAAUUAUGCAGUGUUCGAUGAAAACUGAAAUCAAAUGCAAUGAAAUAUGCGACAAGCUGAUGAAUUGUGGCGAACAUCGUUGUCAAAAGGAAUGCCAUGAAGGCAAAUGUGAGGCAUGCGCGGAGCAAGUGGAACAGCAUUGCCAUUGCGGGAAACAAGAGCGAACCGUUCAAUGCACCAAGGAGAAUCGCGAUAAGCUAAGCUACUCAUGCAAAGAGAGUUGUGGCAAACCGCUGCUCUGUGGGAAUCACAAAUGCAGGGAUUCGUGUCAUGCGGGCCAAUGCCGUCCCUGUAAGCUGAGUCCCGAACAAAUCACUAGUUGUCCUUGCGGCAAAAUGCCUGUACCCAAGGGUCAACGCACCAGUUGCCUGGACACUGUACCCACCUGUGAAGGCAUCUGCUCGAAAACGUUGCGUUGCGGCAAACCGCAACAUCCGCAUCAAUGUGGCACCAAGUGUCAUUUGGGCCAAUGUCCGCCCUGCCCCAAGCAAACGGCUGUGAAAUGUCGUUGUGGUCACAUGGAUCAGAUGAUCAAAUGCCGCCAGCUAUCCACCCGGGCCGAUGAUGCCCGUUGCAAGCGACGCUGCAUCAAGAAACGCAGCUGUGGCAAACAUAAAUGCAACUCGGAAUGUUGCAUAGACAUCGAUCAUGCCUGUCCGUUGCCCUGCAACCGCACUCUCAGCUGCGGUCGGCAUAAAUGCGAUCAGCCCUGUCAUCGUGGCAAUUGUCCUCCGUGCUAUCGCAGCAGUUUUGAGGAGCUCUAUUGCGAAUGCGGUGCCGAGGUUAUCUAUCCUCCAGUGCCGUGUGGCACUAAGCGUCCCGUGUGCAAGCGUCCUUGCUCGCGCACUCAUCCCUGUGAGCAUCCGCCGCAGCAUAAUUGCCAUUCGGCCACUUGUCCGCCUUGCAUGAUGUUCACCACAAAAUGGUGUCAUGGCCAGCAUGAGCAACGCAAAACCAUUCCCUGCUCCCAGGCUAGCUUCAGCUGUGGCUUGGCCUGUGGCAAGCCAUUGCCGUGCGGUCGUCACAAAUGCAUCAAGCCGUGUCACGAAGGUCCUUGCCAAGCAGCUGGCGAGCAAUGCCGUCAGAGUUGCCCCAAACCCCGUCCGGGAUGUGGCCAUAAAUGUGCAGCCAUUUGCCAUGAAGAUGCCUGCCCUGAGACGCCAUGCAAAGAGCUUGUCGAAGUGCAAUGUGAAUGCGGUAAUCGCAAACAAAAUCGCAGUUGCCAAGAGCUGGCCAGGGAGCACAGUCGUAUUGCCACUGCUCAGUUGGCCUCAUCCAUGGCCGAAAUGUCGCGUGGCAAUUACAUGGAACUCAGCGAAAUACUUGCACCAGCCAAGACCAGCAAGACCAAUAAAACUUUGGAUUGCAAUGAUGAAUGUCGUCUGCUUGAACGUAAUCGCCGCUUGGCCAUUGCUUUUCAGUCUGGACGUAAUCCGGAAACUCAACCGAAAUCGCUUACAAAAUACUCGGAAUUUGUGCGAGGUUUUGCCAAACGUAAUCCAGCGCUUACAAAAAGUGUGUACGAAACGUUGACCGAUUUGGUUAAAUUGGCCAAGGAGAGCAAACAGAGAUCAAGAAGUCACUCCUUCCCCACCAUGAAUCGUGAGAAGCGUCAGCUAGUGCACGAGCUAUGCGAAAUAUUUGGCAUUGAAUCGGUAUCCUAUGACAAGGAGCCGAAUCGCAAUGUUGUGGCCACUGCCCACAAAGACAGAUGCUGGCUUCCAGCCACAAGCAUUAUGGAGGUGCUGAACCGUGAGUCUGGACAACGUCGUGUUCCUGUGCCUAGCAACAAUGCAUGGAGUCUGAAAAAGUAGCAUCCCGAACACGACACAAAAUCAACAAACAAGCAGAAACAAAAAAGGCACAUAAAUUCAUUUCACCCCCAAUUAUUAUACCUUACUUUUAUUUUAUCUUUUCCAUUUGUAUAUUGUAAAGGCUAGUUGAAAUCCCUUUCCACAGAGCUCCCCCAUCCUUAAUUCCCAAUUAUUUUCCCACUACCCAUAGAUGAUGAUGAUGAUGAUGCUAAUGAUAACGAUGAUAUGAAUGAAUGUUAAACAAUGAAUGAAACUUGAAUGAGAAAACCAAAUGAAAAAAUGUAGUAAAAAAAAGAAGUGAAAGAAAAACAACUCCACAAAUGGGAGUGUAAUUGAAGAAAAGCCUAUGAAAAUGUGAAAUGCUGUUAAAAAUCAAUCUUGUUGUAUGAUGAAUUUAUGUAAAGUUGAGACAUUUUUUGACUACCUUGCAUAUAAAUAAAGAAAAACCAACAAAAAAAAA